AUGACAAUGGCAAGAUCGGCAGUGGAACUCGAUUUCUUCAGCAUGGAGAAAGAGAUUCCCGCCAGAGCUCCGGCUGAGAAACUCUUCCACCGUCGCAGAAGCUUUCGAGACAUUCAGAGUGUCAUUUCUAAGAUUAAUCCUGAGGUUUUGAAGACUGUCAUUGCGUCUGGCUCCGUGAAUCAAACCUCCAUGGCGAAAUUAUCGGAGAACGACAGCUUUUCGGUUUCCAACAAGUCGUUUUCGGUUCCCUCCACUCCAAAGGAAGAUCAAAGUUUUUUUCCUGUUUUACCAGUCUAUACGCCUAUCUUCAGGCCUAGUUCUGGAUCUGAAAACGGUUCUGAAACAGCUCCUUUGACGAUUUUCUACAAUGGAACCGUAUCCGUUUUUGAUGUCCCUCGACAUAAGGCGGAGAAUAUUCUGAAACUUGCUGAGGAAAAUGGCUCCAAAUCCGUUGAACAACCAUAUUCGAAACUUGCAGUUCCUUCAAGAGAUCAACGACAGCUGUUUGGUACUCUUUAUGGAGAUCUGCCAAUUUCUAGGAGGAAAUCACUGCAGAGGUUUCUGGAGAAGCGGAAAGAGAGGCUGACUCUGGUGACCCCUUAUGGAUGUCCGGCCGACUACGCAUUUUGGGGCGGGAAUAUGGAGGGAUAUAAAGAUUAG